AAUGCCCUCUAGCUAACUGAAAAGCUGAGCCGAGUUUCUCAGUCGCUGUUCAGUCGAGCGUCUGCGCCUUCAAGAGCAGGAGCCUCCAUUCAGGCUCUGACAGGGAACCGCGAAGAUGCUUUCUGGAGUCUAUCAGUUCACACUAGCAGCACUACUAGCACUGCUGCCAUGGCUGUCAUGUUUCAAUGUGGACGAGAAGAACAGGAUGUCAUUCAGUGGACCAGUGGAGGACAUGUUCGGAUACACUGUCCAGCAAUUUGAGAACAGUGAGGGAAAAUGGGUUCUGAUUGGCUCUCCUUUGACCGGACAGCCAGCUAAACGGACUGGAGAUGUCUACAGGUGCCGGGUUGGAUCAAACAGUGACAGUAAAUGUGAAAAAUUCCUCUUGUCAGAAAACACAACAAUCCCAAACAUAAACGAAGUCAAGGAAAACAUGACUAUGGGGACGACGCUGGUGGUGAACCCAGACGGCAAUGGCUUUUUGGCGUGUGGCCCUCAGUAUGGCUACAUGUGUGGAAAGCAGCAGUACAUCACUGGCAUCUGCUCUAAUGUCAGCUCCUCAUUUAAAGUCCUCAACUCCAUCGCUCCAACUGUACGAGAGUGCAGUCAGGACAUGGACAUUGUCAUAGUGCUGGAUGGUUCUAACAGCAUCUACCCCUGGGAUCACAUCACAGAUUUUUUGGUCAAAUUCCUCCAGAACAUUGAAAUCGGACCAGCCCGGGUGGGCAUUGUGUCGUAUGGUGAUGAUGUGGGCCACGUUUUCAACCUCAGCCAGUUCAGCAACACUAAAGAACUUGUUGAGAAUGCUGCCAAGAUCACUCAAAGGACUGGCCACAAAACCAUGACAGCUCUCGGCAUUGAUACCGCAAGGAAAGAGGCCUUUACAGUGGAGAGAGGAGCGAGACCAGGGGUCAAAAAAGUCAUGGUGAUCGUCACAGACGGAGAGUCACAUGAUCACCACAAUCUGAAGAGUGUCAUUGAUCAGUGUCAAGAAGAUGGCAUCGAGAGGUUUGCUGUUGCUGUCCUUGGUGAUUAUAAUCGACAGAAUAAAAGCAUUGACGAAAUAAAGAAGUUUAUAGAAGAAAUUGAAUAUAUCGCUAGCGAGACUAAAAGUGAUCAUUUCUUCAAUGUGUCGGAUGAACGAGCUUUAGUGACUAUUGUCGAUACCCUGGGAAGCAAGAUCUUUGCUUUAGAAGCCACAUCUGGGAAGCACACCUCAUCUUUUGAGAUGGAAAUGUCUCAGGCAGGAUUCAGUGCUCACACGUCUAAAGCUGGUGUCAUGUUGGGAGCUGUAGGUGCUUUCGACUGGAACGGGACCGUAGUGAUGCAAGCUGGGAACGAGUUUGUUGUUCCCAAAAAAAACACCUUCCACAACCCUUCUGUGCAGAGAUAUGAAGGCAUGGCGGGAUACGUAGGUUAUGAUGUGCAGUCGGCAUACACACCCAACGGGGUGUUAUACAUCACUGGAGCACCACGGUUUAACCACAGCGGUCGUGUGACAGUGUACCGCUUUGAUGGAGAAAAUGUCACCAUAGUGCAGACACUGAAAGGAGAACAGAUUGGCUCCUAUUUCGGCAGCGUCCUUCAAACGCAUGACAUCGAUGGUGACAAUUACACCGACAUCCUCCUGGUCGCAGCUCCCAUGUUUAUGGGUCCUGAGCGGGAUGAACAAGGGCAGGUCUACGUCUACAAACUCAACGAGAGUGGGCUGUUUGAACAUGAGAUGACACUGAAGCCGGUCAAUCAGACGUGUUGUUCGGGUCACUCCCACAACAACUGUAAAAUCGUCAGUAAGAACGAGCCCUGUGGUGCACGUUUCGGCACCGCGAUCGCUGCAGUUCCCGACCUCAACCUGGACAAAUUCAGUGACAUAGUGAUAGGAUCACCUUUGGAGAAUGACCAUAGGGGAGCGGUGUAUAUUUACCACGGCUCACAGAAAUCAAUAAAGGAGAAGUAUGUGCAGCGUAUUGCAGCUGGAGGAGAUGGAGAGAGCAUGAAGUUCUUUGGCCAGUCGAUUCAUGGCAUUAUGGAUUUGAAUGAUGAUGGCAUCAUCGAUGUCACUAUUGGAGGAAUAGGAGGAGCUGCACUUUAUUGGUCUCGGGAUGUUGCAGAGCUUCUCGCUGAGAUGACUUUUGACCCUAUUAAGAUCAAUCUCCAGCAUACGUGUCAAGUCCAUGGGAAGACCACCGUAUGCGUGAAGACGAGAGUAUGCUUCAAAUAUCGAAUCAAGUCUGUUAAAGAGAUGAACACUGGAACUGUCAUCAGGUACAGUUUAACGCUGGACUCUCUGAGAGCGGUAGCCCGAGGACGCUUUAAUGAAACAGAGGACAGGAGGCUGCAGAAGAACGAGUCCAUCCGGAAUAAGUUUUGCAGAGAGCACACCUUCUACACGUCGGAUAAACUGGAUUUCAGAGACCCCAUUAUGGUGACGCUGGAAUUCGGUCUAGCGGAUGAAGACAAGGGUCCAGUUUUGGAUGGAGAAUUACCCACAUCCCUCAACAAGACUAUCGCAUUAGUGGACUGUGGAAGUAAUGAGAAGUGUGUUGCUAAUCUACACCUACAAGCUUCUGCGAACAUCUCAAGUCUUCUCAUAAAGAGUAACCAGGAGAAAUUUUAUGUCAAUAUCGACAUCAAGAACACUGGAGACAACGCUUAUAAUACCAAAGUUACACUGAGCCACACUGAAAAUAUCAACUAUGUCAAAGUGGAGCCUAAAGAUAAGGACUGUGAAACUAAUCAUACCAGAAUAGUGUGUGCAGUUGGAUAUCCUUUCCUUAAAACUAAGGACAGGGAAACCUUCAAAAUCCAGUUUGAGCCCAAUCCCUCUCUUAUCCGAAAGGACAUUGUUAUUAAUGUGACUGCUACCACUGAUAGUGAGCAGUCAGAUUCAGCGCUGAAACGUAACUUUGAGACCAUCAUCAUCCCAGUGAGGCAUGAAGCCAGCAUGAGAUUCACUGCUAACAAAUAUAUGAAGGAGGACCACAUCAUACUGAAAGAAAAGGAGACGAUACCCAGUGUUUUCAACCACACCAGUGUGAUUGGGGAUGAAGUAAAAAUCAGCUACACGAUUGAGAAAGACCCUGACAUGCCGAGUCCUCCAGUAAAGCUUACAAUAAUGUUUCCAUAUCAAACGUCUGCUAAAAACUUUCUGCUGUACCUGACAGAUCUCAGCUACACAGCGGGCAUUCGAUGUUCCGCCGACUGGAUUAACCCUUUGAAGAUUCAACCUAGCAAACCACAUUCACUGAACACAAAAAAAGAGACCCUGAGCAUCUAUCUUUUGAGUUGUAAAGAAAAAGAAAAUCCCUGCCAGUCCUUUAGCUGCUUCAUUCCUUCUGGAGACUUCAACCAGAUCAACACCACUUUCAGACUGUGGCGGCCCACCUUUAUUAAAGGAGAAUUUUCCACCAUUCACAUGGCAGUUGAUGCCAAGCUGGAGACCCAGAACACAGACUUGUUUGUGUUAAAUGAAAACAUCAAAACCAGAGAGGUAAGGAUUCAAGUCACCAAAGACAUACGAACUGGAAUCCCACUGUGGAUUAUUAUCCUUAGUAUUCUAAUAGGACUUUUAAUACUGGCACUUGUUAUCUUCGCUUUAUGGAAGGCUGGAUUCUUCAAGAGAAAAUCAGUUGAAGAAAUGAAUGAAGAUAAAAAAGACACUGACUGAAGCCUGCGUCUCUGUAGCCUCCACCCCUCAGGUCAGCUUAUUCUACACUGCUAAAUCGAGAUCACUAGAAAUAUAAAGAUCAGACUCAUGUAGGACAUCUGGGUUCACAAACAGCAUACUGCAGAGCAUACCAAAGAGAAGAGCUUGACACUUUGAUUUAUCGUCAUGUGCACACUGCAAAAUUCAACUGAAUGUGAACUCAAGUGAACCUCUGAGACGCCACAAGAUUGGUGGACAUUUUGCCAAACCACGAAAGUCAAGCUUUGAAGAGCAAAGGUUCAUCUAGCCUGAACUCAGCAUCCCACCAGCCGCGGACCCUCAUCUAAAACCUCCCUACGGCAUUCAUCAUCAGCAUAGAGAGGAUCAGGAACCUGUCCUGGCAAUGUCUAAACAGUAAUCUACAGUGCUGUAAUCACAACCAUGCAGUCCUAUUGGCAGUAGGUUUAUAAAUGGAGCUCUUUUUCAAUAACUCACUUUUAGAGCUUGUUUUGAUUAAGCGCUGUGUAGUGGUGUUUUUCAGUUUAGGUAUUUGUUUUAUUUGUGCAUUCCUUUUUGUUCACAAAGCAACUUUUGGAACUGAUGUUUUUUACGCUUUUGGACCUCACAAAUGAAGAGGAAAAGAUCUGUACUGUAAAUCUAAAGCUUUAAAGUGUAUAUAAAGUUAUGUUUCUGAUUUCACUUUAAAUGAUAAUUUAAUGGCUUUAUCGUCAGUAUAAUACCUUUCCUGUUUUCUGAGGUGCAAAGCAUCUUCAUGCUUGCAGUGUUUCUCAGGUAUUCCAGAUGGGUUGCAGCGAAUGUCUGGAAACAUAAAAAAAAAUGCCUUCAAUUUUUUCUUGUUUAGUAUUCGCCAUAUGUAAAUAUUAGAAACAAUUACUUGACUAAACAA